CACCACAGCCUUUAUGGAAUUUCUACACCUUCCUCUCUCUGCUGGAUUUGUACUUCAACUGCCCAAUAUAAAGCCUCCAGUUCUGAGUUCAUGCUCUCACUGAUCUCUCUCUAAGAGAUCCCAGUUUUGUUUUCAAAUGGUUUAUCGUUUCUAGUUCAACUUUCAGUUUCAAGAUUUGAUCUGGAUACUGUGUUCCUUUUCUUCAUUGGUUUCUCAAGAAAAUGGCUCCAAACAAUUCAGUUGCAGUUACAAUAGAGAAGCCAAACAACUCUUUCUCAAAGACCAAGUCUUUUGAGAAGGAGAAAGCAGCCAGCACUAAACAGUUCACAUGGGUUCUUCUUCUCAAAGUCAACAGAAUCUUUGCUUGUCUCUCAUGGCUUCCAAUGGCAUUCAGAAAACGCAUUACCUCAUCGGACAUGAGCGACGAGGAGCCGAGGAAUCGAGGGAAGUUGUAUAGAUUCAUUCAAGCGUUUCUUGUUUUGUCAAUUGUGGCUUUGGGAGUUGAAGUGAUUGCUCAUUACAAGAACUGGAAUUUGAAUCUGGUUCAUCAUCCUUGGGAGGUUCAGGGUCUGCUGCACUGGUCUUAUAUGGCUUGGUUGUCUUUCAGAGUUGAUUAUAUUGCUCCUGUGGCUAUAUUCCUCUCUAAAUUUUGCAUUAUACUGUUCUUGAUCCAAUCUCUUGAUAGAUUGGUUUUGUGUCUUGGAUGUUUCUGGAUCAAGUUCAAGAAGAUAAAGCCAAGAAUUGAGCCAGAUGCUUAUGAUGUUGAAGACCCUUCUAGCUUCCCAAUGGUCCUUCUUCAGAUUCCCAUGUGCAAUGAGAGAGAGGUGUACGAACAAUCCAUUGCGGCCGCGUGCCAGAUGGAUUGGCCAAGAGACAGACUUUUGAUUCAAGUUUUGGACGACUCAGACGACAUAAUUCUGCAGAAUUUGAUCCAGGACGAAAUCUCGGAAUGGAGUCAGAAAGGCAUCAAUAUAAUCUACAGGCAUAGAUUGAUCAGAACAGGGUACAAAGCUGGGAAUCUUAAAUCUGCCAUGGGUUGUGAGUAUGUCAAAGACUACGAGUUUGUGGCAAUUUUUGAUGCUGAUUUCACACCCAAUCCUGAUUUUCUUAAACUCACUGUUCCUCACUUCAAGGGAAAUCCAGAAUUAGGACUAGUCCAGGCUAGGUGGUCAUUUGUGAACAAGGAUGAGAAUUUACUUACAAGGCUGCAAAACAUUAACUUAUGCUUCCAUUUUGAAGUGGAGCAGCAAGUUAAUGGUGUUUUUCUAAAUUUCUUCGGGUUCAAUGGAACCGCUGGAGUUUGGAGGAUUAAGGCUCUGGAAGAAUCAGGAGGCUGGCUAGAGAGAACAACAGUUGAAGACAUGGACAUUGCUGUUCGAGCACACUUGAAUGGAUGGAAAUUCAUAUUCCUCAAUGAUGUAGAAGCCCUCUGUGAACUACCAGAGUCCUAUGAAACUUACAAGAAACAGCAGCACCGUUGGCAUUCGGGUCCAAUGCAGCUCUUCAGAUUAUGCCUUCCAGCUAUCUUAACUUCCAAGAUAUCUAUAUUCAAAAAGGCCAACUUGAUAUUUCUGUUCUUUCUUUUGAGGAAGCUAAUUCUUCCCUUUUACUCAUUCACAUUGUUCUGUAUCAUACUUCCAUUGACCAUGUUCAUUCCUGAGGCUGAACUUCCCCUUUGGGUAAUUUGCUAUGUGCCCAUUUUCAUGUCCUUCCUAAACAUUUUACCAUCCCCAAAAUCUUUCCCUUUCUUAGUCCCAUACCUACUCUUUGAAAACACAAUGUCCGUGACAAAAUUCAAUGCCAUGGUCUCCGGUCUAUUUCAACUGGGAAGUUCUUAUGAGUGGGUGGUGACAAAGAAGACCGGAAGAUCAUCAGAAUCAGAUUUGUUUGCGCUUGCAGAAAGAGAAUCCUCGAGUGAAGACAAGAUCCUAAGGAGGAACUCCGAGUCUGGUUUAGAAUUGUUGAGCAAACUCAAGGAACAAGAAGUAGCACCUCCCAAGAAGAAGAAGAAAAAUGGGAUCUACAGAAAAGAGCUUGCUCUUGCUUUCCUCCUACUCACAGCAUCAGCAAGAAGUUUCCUAUCAGCUCAUGGAGUUCACUUCUAUUUCUUGCUUUUCCAAGGCUUGUCCUUUCUUGUUGUAGGCUUGGACUUAAUAGGUGAGCAGGUUAGCUAAAAGCUUCAAACAAAGCGUCAAUUGCCCACAGUUAUUCUUUGAUAGAUAUAUGUUGAACUGUAAGAGACAUAUUUCAAGCUCUUUGGUGUUCAAAGUUGGAUUCAAUUACAUGUAGACACAGUUACCAUUUUCCCAUAUGAAAUAGAAGGUAAUAUGCAUGAUAUAAAUAUCUAGUUAAUUGUACAAUGAUAUUUGUAACCAGUGAAAAUAAUGACAAUCUUUAUAACAAAAUUUCAGUUAUCUUUCC